UCCUUCGCUGGUUUCUUUUCGAUCUGCUUUUGAAAUUCGCUCUUUAUCUGGAACCAUCUCAUCUGUUGCCAACGCUUGACACGUUGGCAUUGCAAAGUGGUCGGUUGUCUGUGCUUUUUUCGUGCACCGCAGUAGGGUGAUUCCGAACAAUUUCAGAACUAUCUCACAGGUGCAGGUUUCUGUUCUCUACUUAAGACUGUUUUCUGAGCUGUAGUAGAAUAUCACAAUUCAAGUGAAGUUUAGAGUAAACUUGCGGGAGUGUUUUUGAGUUGGUGCAAUUUUUGUGUUUUGCUAGUGAGUCCUUUUUGGUUGUGAAGUUUAGAGCUGAAGAGAUGGCUUCUUCGGAGGAUAGUACAAGGACCGUGCUGGUCACGGGAGCUGGAGGCAGGACGGGAGCGAUUGUCUUCGAUAAGCUGAAGAAGACUGAGAAGUUUGUGGUCCGUGGUUUGGUGCGGACGGAGGAAGCCAAGGCAAAGUUGGGAGGGAAAGGUGUUUUCAUUGGUGAUGUCACAAAGGCCGAUACCUUGAGCGCUGCAUUUGAAGGCAUCGAUGCUUUGAUUAUUACAACGAGCGCGGUGCCGAAGAUGAAACCCGGAUUCGAUCCCUCCAAGGGUGCUCCCCCGGAGUUUUACUUCGAAGAGAACGGAUACCCCGAACAAGUCGAUUGGAUUGGACAGAAGAAUCAGAUCGAUGCUGCUAAGGCUGCAGGGUGCAAGCACAUCGUCUUGGUUGGAUCCAUGGGAGGCCAGAACCCUAACCACAUGCUGAAUUCUCUCGGAAACGGGAAGAUUCUCAUCUGGAAGAGGAAGGCGGAGGAGUACCUGUCCCAAUCCGGCGUCCCUUACACGAUCAUCCGAGCUGGUGGAUUGCAAGACAAGGACGGCGGCAUCCGCGAACUCAUCGUCUCCAAAGACGACGAGCUCAUGAACACCGACACAAAAUCCAUCACCCGAAGCGAUGUCGCUGAGAUGUGCAUCCAGUCUUUGUUGACCGAUCUGUCGAAGAACAAGGCUUUCGAUCUGGCCUCCAAACCUGAGGGCCAAGGGACCCCCACCACCGACUUCAAGUCCCUCUUCGCCACCAUCACCACCCCAUUCUGAGCUGCUGCUCAGAUGUUGUGCGUUUUCAACCACCGCAACACAUCCACAUGAUGCGUGUAACUUAAAGUGCAGCCUAUGAUUAUAUAUAUUUCCAUUGCAUCCAUUGCAAUUCUAGUGCCCAUUAUUUGCUUCCAAUGUUCUGAUCACCACCAUCUGAAUUGAGUUUUGAUCGAUACGAAACACCGAAGUUGUUCAGUUUCCUGUAUUUUGCACCAGUUUCUGGCUUAAUGGUGGGAUAGAUUCCACUGGCAAUGCAACCACGAAUCACAUGUCCAUCUUCAGUUUGAAGCCAACCGAUCAAUCUCGAAGCUUUUUUCUGCAUUAGAAUGGGUGCUCAUCUGCGCAACCCUGUCGAUGUUUGAUGCUUCCUCAUUCUGUAGCAAAAUAUUAUAUUGGAGUAGUCUGGUUCAGUUCAACUCUUAACAUGAACGGGUGUGUCUUUUCUUGUGAUAUAAAAUAUAAUUAUUUUUCCUCUUGA